AUGGUGUCCACCGUUACGGAGAGUUUCUUCCUCCAACAGUUUGAGCCCUGGGGUCAAGAGAGGCUGAGGUCCUGUCAUUGGCUACAGCUUAGAGCCGCUAAUGGGCUGGCCAUUCCCUACCUUGGCUACGUUCCCGGUAUUUUGGGGACGAAUGUCAUCCACAAGUGCUAUAAGGGGCUUUUCAGUUGGCAUGGCUUGGCCAUGUUCGACCUACCGGUGGUUACCAACAGCCCUGGGUUUGUUGUGGAGGCCUUGCAAAAGUGUCAGCAAGCUGGCACCCAUCCCCGUGAUGAGGUAGCUGGGCAGGUGAGAGUGCGAGGAGUCACUGAGGUGUCGACGGGUGUGGCCACAGUGGCCUCCCAAACCGCUGCUCUUCCAGUGCAAGACCAGAUAGAUGCCCUGGACCUGUCCGCCUUGACGGCUGCCGAGCAGGGCCCAGUGAAGUCUUUAUUAGGAAAAUACAAUUCAGUCUUUUCUGCUCAUGAUGGAGACCUGGGCUGCACCGGCAUGAUCGCCCAUGACAUCCCUCUCUCUGAUAACAUUCCGGUUAUGCAACGCCAUUGGCGUAUUCCCCCCUCCGAGUACGAGGUCGUAAAGGAGCACAUUCACCAACUACUUGAGGCUCAGGUGAUCCGGGAGAGUAGUAGCCCUUAUUCCAGCCCCAUUGUCCUGGUCAAAAAGAAGGAUGGCACUUUAAGAAUGUGCGUCGAUUACAGGCAGCUCAAUGCCAAAACUCGGAAAGACUCUUUUCCUCUUCCUCGCAUCGAGGAAUCGUUGGACGCACUCUCAGGUGCCAGCUGGUUUUCGACCUUGGACCUGGCCAGUGGGUAGAACCAGGUUCCAGUGGCGGAAGCAGAUCGCCCCAAGACCGGUUUUUGCACGCCCUUUGGGCUCUUCGAGUGGAAUUGCAUGCCCUUUGGCCUCUGCAAUGCCCCUGGCACCUUGCAGCGACUGAUGCAGCGGCUAUUUGGUGAUCAACAGAAUCAAUCUUUGUUACUCUACCUGGAUGACAUCGUGGUUUUCUCCUCUUCCGUCCAGCAGCAUGUGGAGAGGUUGGAAGUGGUGCUGGAUCGGCUUAAGCGAGAGAACCUCAAGGCCAAACUCGCCAAAUGUGCCUUUUUCCAGCCGGAGGUGCGUUAUUUGGGGCAUGUGAUCUCCAGUACGGGUGUGGCCACAGAUCCCAGUAAGAUCGAGGUAGUCGCCAACUGGCAGCCCCCCACUACGGCCUCAGAGCUGCGGUCAUUCCUUGGGUUUGCCAGCUACUAUCUGCGUUUUGUGGAGGGUUUCGCCAAGUUAACAGCCCCGCUACACAAGCUGGUAGCGCAUCUGGGGGCCACUAAGUCGAGGAGGCAAGCAGAGCAAGCUAUUGAUGGCAAUUGGACGGUGGAAUGCCGUCAUAGCUUUCAAACAUUGAAGGCCAAGCUUACCACUGCUCCAGUGCUUGCUCACCCUGACUUUUCCCUUCCCUUCAUCCUGGAAGUGGAUGCCAGUUAUCGUGGCCUUGGGGCCGUGCUAUCCCAGGAACAAGAGAGGAAAGUUAGACCUGUAGCCUAUGCCAGCCGGGGCUUGAGGCCCACUGAGUGCAAUAUGGAGAACUACAGCUCCAUGCGUUCAGAGUUUGUGGCACUCAAGUGGGCCAUGAUGGAGAAAUUCCGGGAAUAUCUGUUGGGCCAUAAGUGUGUGGUUUUCACCGAUAACAACCCGCUCAGCCAUCUGUCGACUGCGAAGUUGGUUGCCACUGAACAACGUUGGGCAGCCCAGCUGGCGUCAUUUGACUUCGAGGUAAAAUACUGCUCAGGCAGAAAUAACAACAACGCGCCCGCUUUAUCCCGUCAGUACCCCCCUGGCCCAGGUGACAUGGAAACUAUGUUUCCUGGAACAUCCCUCCCCCACCCUCCGCGGCAGGCUCUUCGCGGGACACGGGUUGAAGCGACCCAAACAGCCGUUAUGGCCCUGCCCCAUCACACCUCUUCAGACAUCUGUGUUUUACAGCAAGCUGACCCGGUUAUUCAGGAGGCUCUCGUGUUCUCGAGACGUGGACAGCGUCCCUCCCUUGAGGAACGUCAAGGAACUUCCCAGCCUGCUCUGGCAUUACUCCGCCAGUGGGACAGGCUGCUCGAGAGGAGUGGGGUCUGGUAUCGCCAGAUGUUCCGUCCCGAUGGGGCAGAAGCGGUUCUGCAGUUUUUAGUGCCUACUUCCCUAAGGGAAGAGGUGUUGACGAAAGUCCACCAGGAGCAUGGCCACCAGGGCGUAGAACGGACGUUAGAGCUCCUACGCCAACGCUGCUAUUGGCCAGGCAUGUCCUCCGACGUGUCCAAGUGGUGCCAGGCCUGUGAGCGGUGCCAAGUCGCCAAGGACUCCCGACCUAUUAGGUCCAGUUUCAUGGGGCACCUGUUGGCCUCGCGGCCAAACGAAAUUGUCGCUAUCGACAAUACGGUGCUAGAACCCACCUCGAGUGGGUUAGAAAACUUCCUGGUCAUGACCGAUGUGUUCAGCAAAUACACCCUGGCUGUCCCUACCCGAGACCAGCGAGCCCCCACUGUGGCUCAAGCCCUUGUCGUGAAGUGGUUCUCAAAGUUUGUGGUCCCGGCCCGCAUCCAUUCCGAUCAGGGCCACAACUUUGAUAGCACGCUUAUCCACCAGCUCUGUUGCCUUUUCGGCAUCGAAAAAUCUCGUACCACGCCAUACCAUCCGGCUGGUAACGGCCAGUGUGAACGAUUUAAUAGGACGCUUCACAAUUUGUUGCGCACCCUGCCCGUAUCACGGAAGAGGGAUUGGAGUUCUUGCUUGCCGCAGGUCCUCUUUUCUUAUAACACAACUCCUCAUCAGUCGACAGGCGAAUCUCCAUUCUUGCUGAUGUUCGGACAGGAACCCGGAUUACCGGUAGAAUUCCUAUUGGGCAGAGUUCGGGAUCCUGUGGGUGGACAUGUCCACGAGUGGAUCCAAGAACAUCAGGCCCGUUUACAGCUGGCCUGUUGGCUUGCUGCCAAGCGUCGUAAAAACAACCACGAUCAGCAGCUGAGAGCUGUGCCUCUUAGUCGCUAUCACGGCUACAGUGGCGCCUGGCUAAGGAUGGACGCGAACGACCUCGGAGAGGGCCUGAUGCAGCCGGCGGUUGCGCUUGGACGGAUGCUGGGGGAGAUCGCCGCGAUGCAGCGCGAGCAGGCCGAGGCCAACCGGCACUUCCUGGGGGCGCUGCAGGCUGCUACAGACCGGCAGACCCAGGUAUUGGAGCAAUUGGCGGCCCGACCGGUCGCUUCCCCAACGACGCCGGGUCCCUCGGCGUAUGCGGGCGUGGUGGUGCACAAGAUGACCCCGGAGGACGACGUACAGUCAUACCUGGAGAUGUUCGAGGCAAUGGCGGGGGCGUGUGGCUGGCCGGCGGACGAGUGGGCGAUCCGCCUCCUGCCGCUCUUAACCGGGGAGGCGCAGACAGCGGCCCUGGGCCUGCCACCCGGUCCCAGGCACGUCUACGCCAGCGUGAAGAAGGCCAUCAUGGAUCGACUGGGGCUCUCCCCCGAGGACCAUAGGAGACGAUUCCGAGAGACGAGGACUGAGCCGAGAGACCGCCCGUUCCCAUUUGCCCAGCGACUCACAGACGCGGCCAACAGGUGGCUGCAGCCGGAGGGCGCGGGAGGGGCGCCGGCGGUGGUGGAGAAGGUGGUGAUGGAGCAGUUCCUGGAGGGUCUUCCGCCGCGGACUGCGGCCUGGGUCCGCUACCACCGGCCGGCGACGCUGGAAGCCGCCGUGACCCUCGCCGAGGACCACCUGGCGGUGCACCCCGGGGGCCGUGGGGAGGGCGGUCGGCCGACCGCAUCGACGCAGCCCGUUCCCGCGCCACGACGGAGUUCCCCGCGGCCUGUUGCGACUCGGCCCCCUCCGUCCCCGCGCGCCCUAGCCCCUCAACGGGGUACUGAUCCACCCGGCCUGGCCGGCACCCUCCCUGACCUACAGAGGGCUCCUCAACCGCCAGGGCAGGAGUGUUGGAGGUGCGGGCAGCCCGGACACUACCGGCGGGAGUGCCCGCUAAUGGAGGUGGGCCAAACGGUGCGGGUUGCCGGGCCUCCAGCACCCUCCCCCGGUCUGGGAGCGACGUACAGCGUUCCGUGCCAGCUGGUGAACCAGCCGGCCAUCCCGAAAGCGCCGUUGCGUCCGCUGCCGUUAAUGGAGCUGCCGUUCGAACGCUUAGAGUCCAGGCAAAAGUCGGCGUUCUCCACUCCGUUUGGGUUGUACCAAUUCACCGCGCUUCCCUUCGGGCUGUUCGGCGCCCCGGCCACCUUCCAGCGCCUCAUGGACCGGGUGCUGCGUCCGCACGCUGCGUAUGCGGCCGCCUACCUGGAUGACUGCCCGCGGCCCAAGACGAAAAAAGAGGUGAGGCGGUUUUUGGGGCUGGCAGGUUACUACAGGAGGUUCAUCCCGGGCUUUGCGGAGCUGACCAGCCCCUUAACUGACCUGACCCGGAAAGGUGCCUCAGAUCCGGUCCAGUGGACGGAGCGGUGCCAGUGGGCGGUUGAGGGGGUGAAACGAGCCCUCUGUGGGGAACCAUUGCUCCAUACACCUGACUUCUCUCUCCCUUUUGUCUUGCAGACUGAUGCGUCGAACAGAGGGCUGGGGGCCGUUUUGUCCCAGCAGGUGCAGGGGGUGGACCGCCCGGUCCUCUACAUCAGCCGGAAGCUGUCGGAAAGAGAGGCCAGGUACAGUACGGUGGAAAAAGAGUGCCUGGCCAUCCGGUGGGCGGUCGACUCCCUGCGGUACUACCUCCUGGGACGCCAGUUCACUCUCUGUUCGGACCACGCCCCGCUGCAGUGGCAGGACCUAAAGUUCUACGACAUGGUCAUUGAUCACUUUGCCACCAUGAGAGAAAGGAGAACGGCCUUGCUCUUCAAAUAG